ACCGCGGGAACUGGGCAGGAAAGACCUCGCGCUCCCCCCGGCCCCGCUGUCCCGAAUCCCUCCCUGUGAGGGAAUGCCGGCUCUGCAGUGCCGGGAACACCCCGUGACGAUCCCCCGGGAAAGGAAAUCCCGGCUCCGGUGUCCCAGGAAUUCCAGGCAGGACGACAUGGAACCUUUUUCUCUCUCUGAGCUCGGGCUCCCAACAGAAAACAAAGCUAUCCAGGGAAUUCUCUGCCCCAUGGCUGUGGAGCUCUGCCACCUCCUCCUCGCCCUGCAACGCGAAGAUUGGAUUUGUUCGGCCUUUCCCACUUUGGGGGAAAAGGCAGGACAAUUAGCCAAAGCUAUGGAAGAACUCGCUGCUGUGGCAAGGAGGCUGUCCGAGGAUUCCGGGGAGGAAGGGAGCACGGAGGCGUGUCCCGUGGGUGAAUCCCUGCUCCAGGCUGGCAGGGACGUGGUGCUGGCAGCAUUCCAGCUCCAGGAGCAUCCGGACAGCCCUCGGCACCGAGAGCUCCUGGCUGCGGCCGCCAGGAGGAGCCUGAUGGAGACAGCAAAGAUCCUUCAUCUGGAAGAGGCUGCAGGAAUGAGGAGGAUCAGUGGCGCUGCCAGCUGGCUCCUGGAAUGCCUGGGCGUGCUGCGGGAUGCCCGGGACACUGCAGGGCUGCUGGCUGCAUUCCAGCCCUUCGCUGAGGCCGUGCUCCUGUUGAGCCGCCUGACAGCCGAGCGCCUCCAGGAACUCCGGGACUGUCCUGCAGGGAAGAGCUUGGCCCAGACCCUGCAGCUGCUCCACAAGUGCGUCCCACUCAUCCACACAGCCCUGACACGUUCCAGGGACAGCCAAGCUGACCUCUCCCAGGAUUCUGUUUUCCAGCUGACGGAGAGGACCAUCAGGGAGCUCCUCUCGCUGCUCACGGAGCCCCAAGACAGGAGUGGGAUCUUCUCCCAGCAGCUGAGCAGGCUCCAGGCUCUCCUCUCCCACCCUGACCCCCUGCGCCUUUCUGAGGGCGGGUUCAGCUCCCACUUGGACGCGGUCAUUCUCCAUGGAAUGCUGCUGGCAGAGUCAUCCAGGCUGGAUGUGCAGCUGGAGCUGGUGGAACGUUGCUGGGCCCUGCUGCAGCUGAGGAGGAGCAUCUGCAGCCACAUGAGCCAGAGGGAUGGCCAGGGAGAACAUGGCCUGGAGCGGGAAUGUCACAGCUUGAGGGAGGAGCUGGAAAACCUGGACCGGGCAGCACUCAGGGCCACACUGUGCCAAAUCCUGGAUGGAUUCUUCCAGGAGAAGGAGCCCCUGAGGCAGCUGGUUGAAGGUGCCCUUAGCCUCGCCCAUUCAGGAUGCUGUCCAGCAGGAGCAGGAGGAAUUUUAAGGAAGCUCCAGCCCCUCAUUGCCGCCUUCUUCGCUCAGGCCCAGCAGAUGCUCCGAGCGGCCGAUCUGCUGCUGGCCAGGUGUGCCAAGGCCCAAAGUGCCAGGGAAAUCCGGGAGGGCAUGGAGCACCUGCGGAGCCGCCUGGCCAGCCUCCCUUCCCUGCUCAUGGAAACAAGUGGGAAUGCCAUGGAGCAGCUCCAGGCCUUGUGCAGUGCCUGGGCCAGAGCCACCAACAGCCUCCUGCACUGCUUUGAGGAGACCAUUGGCAUGAGGGAAUUCCUUGAGUUAUCCAUCCUGGAGCUGGCCAAGCAACAGGAAUGGUGUGAAGCAGCACUGGAAUGCUGGGAUCCUGAGGGAUUCUCCUGCCACAGUGCUCACCUCAUGGGCUGGGCACGUUGGGUGGUGGGAGCCUCCACCCGGCAUGUGGACAGGACCACGGAUCCCAUCUUCAGGAAUGGUUUGCUGGUGUGGGUGGAGCAAUUGGCCAAAUCUAUCCUGGAGCUGGGAGCAGUCACGGCCCUCAUUCCAGGAAGGUUUUCCUGCCUCCAAAGCCAGGGUGCUUUUUCCCAGGCAGCCAGCUCCCUGCUGGACUCUGCUCUCCGUGUCCAAGCCGGGCUGGAUGGGUCCAACCACCCAGAGAUUCUCAGCCCGCUCCGGGAGCAGGUGCGGAGCACCAAGGUGGAAAAGGGGCUGGAGCUCAGCCUGUCCCACACUGGGACACGAGCCAGUACUGAUGAGGCAGCGUUCCAAGGAAAUAUCCAAAGUCAUCCAUCUUCACCACCAGCUAACCCCCACCUGGAUCCAUGGAAAGGGGAUACACACCCUGUCAUCACAGCUCUCCUGGGAGCAUCCCAGGCCGGUGACAUGGACACUGUCCAUGCUGCCAGCUCCAUCCUGCUGGAGCUCUCUGAUGGAUAUGUGGAAGCAGCACGGGAAGCACUGCCUGUGGCUGAACCCCCCCAGCUGCAGGUGCUGGAGCAGCACUGGGAUAUCAAAGCACUUACCCCAGGGAUCAUCAGCCUGGCCAUGGAAACGGCCCCUGGGCAGCUCCCUGCUCCAGGCAGGCUUCUCCAAAUGGCACUCAGGCUCUCGGGAAGGAUCCAGGAGACUCGGGAGUGCCUGGCAGCUGUGGCAGGCUCUUGGAAUGGUCUGGCCCAGCAAGUGCUUGGAUUUAUCCUGUCAGGUGACUUUCCAAGAGGGAAGCAGGCUUUGGAUGAGACCCUGCUGGGCUUAGCAGGAGCAGUGCAGAUGGCAGGAGGCAUUGCAAGCGUAGCCUGCAGUAGGGAAAAUCCUAAUCCCUCUCAUAUCCAGGAGAGCUUUCUGCAGCUCCAAGCCAAGUUUUCCCAUGCUCAGCUGAACACCAAAGGGUUCCUGGAGAAGGCAGUGUCCUUCAGGGAAUCCUGUGGGAUGGAAAAGGCCAUGCUGGAGCUGCACGGUGUCCGGUGGGCCAUUGGCAUGUGUAUCCUGCUGGAUGCCAUGGAUCAGUUCGUGGGCAGGGAUGUCCUGUUCCUGAGGGAGCUGAGCAGAGCCGUGAGGAGCAAGGUUUGCCCACGGAGCCUCCUGGCUGCUGUGGCUGAAAAUUCCCUCAGGUUGCAGGAGGCUGCCUGGCUCUCCUACUUAUCCUGCCCUGGAGACCACGAUGCCAGAGAAAUCCUGGCGCUCCGGGAGGAGAUCCAGGUGUUCAUGGAAGCACUGCUGGAUGUGUCCAACACCCUCCUGCUCUCCCCACUGCCUACUGCCAGCCUGGCCACCCGCUUCGAGCUCCUGCAGAGGGACGUGGCCCUCAGGGCCAAGGCGUUGCUGCUCCACAUGGAAAGGGUCAACAAGGAACAGCUGCAGCUGAUCCAAGAUGUGGUUGGAGCAGCUCUGUCCAACCUCACCCAAGAGGAGAGGCAGAGGAGCAAAGAAGGCUUUGAGGAGAAGGCAAAUCAGCUCAUGGCUGAUGUCCAGAGGGUCAGAAACACCCUCCAGGGUGCUCUGGGGGCCAGUGCUCAACUUACAUCCCAGCCUGACCUGCUAUCCAUGGCUGACCACCUCCUGCUCCUCACAGCUGACGUGGUGGGAAGCGCCCGGCGGCACUUCCAGAGCCACCAGGACCCUGGGGAUCCCUGCCAGGCCCCUGGGGAUCCCUGCCAGGCCGCUGGGGAUCCCCACCUGGAAGGCAUGGUGUGGUACUGGUCGGCCAAGGCUCACUACCUUGUCACACAGCUCUGGGUUAUCCAUAGAAUUGACAGGGACACCCUGCGGUGCCUCACAGAAUGCCUGCAGCGGGAACGCUGCCCAGGAUCACCCAGCAGCACAGCUGGACUCUCCCCAGCCCCAGAGCCCCCUGAGGCAGCAGGAAUUCAUCCAUGCAGGAGCAGAGGAGAGAGUGGAGCUGUGCAGGAAGUGCAUGAACUGGUACGGGAGCUCUUUUCCCUGACAGGGUGUUGGUCAGGGCUGUCCGUCAUUCCUGGUGCUCCCUGCACAGAGCAGGAAUGUGAGGGAUGCUGGCAGGGCCCCUGGACGUCAGCAGGCUGACCCUGGGCCACUCAAGUAGCUCAGGUUUCUGUCAGCCCUGGAUUCCUGGAUAUCCGAUCAGCCAGGCUCUCCUACAUCCAUCCCAAUCCAUUUCAGAGGCACAGGGGCUGCAGCUCUCCCUCAUCUCCACACAUUCCCUCUGGAAAUACCAGCAACUCCAUUCCCAUGGGUGUCAGGAGCUGGGAAAGGCUUUGGCACAGACCCAGGUCCCUCAGCAAAGUGCUUUAGAGCUCUCAUUGUGCUGGGAAUUAAUUGCAAACUGUCAGCUUGUAGGACACCCCAUUCCCAUUCUGAGAUGGCUCCAAGGGCUUUGGAUUUAGGGAGAAGGGCUGGUGGGAAGGGGGAGUGGACCCAGAAGGGGGUGGGCAGCUUUCCCACCAGCUUUACUCACCAAAAUCUCCUUCAGAAACAUCCAGGUGGAGGAGAGCACUUGGCAUCGCUGUGUCCACACAUUCCAGGUCUGGAAUCUGCUCCAUUACUGCCCCGGCAGCACCAGGAUGGCCCUUCCAGCACCUGCCCUGCAAAGCAGGAGAGAGCAAACUGUGCCAAGUGGCAGGGUGGCCCCAGCAGGGUGUCCCAGGUGACCCGGGACAUGGCCACGAGGAGGCUCCACAUGGCUCAGUUCCUGCGCAGGAAGGGCCCCAUUGCGAGCAAGGAGCAGUUUGUUGCAUGUGCCAGACAAAUGAUUUCCGACGGGCAGGUGGUUGUUAAGUUUGGGAACAUCCUUGCCAAGCACUGCCUGGACCAGAGAUGCUCCAUGGAGCUGCUCCGUGCCACUGAGCACGCCCAAUCCAUCAGCAGCCAGCUCGGCAUCGUGGCCAGGGUGAAAGCAGUGACUGGGGAGAGCAGGGCCUCCUCUGAGCUGCUGCUCAGCAACGUGCAGAACCUCCUUCAAGCAGUGCAGCACAUCCUGAGGGCGGCCGAGGCGGCCUGUGUCAAAGGUUUGGGACAACCCCCAGCAGACCCUGAAGAAGAAGAAGUUGCUGCUUUCUGCCAGCAGUGGAGGAAAAACCUGACACAGCACAGAGCCAAGGAGGCCUUAAAUUCCACCCGGGAUGAAUUAGGGCUCCGGAAAACUCGAGGGGCAAAGGCUGAGCCCACCCUGAUGUCUCUGGUGCAAGAGCAACCCCCUUGGAGCAGGAAUAUCCCAAAGCAUCCCAGUCCCAGGAAAGGACACACAGUUAUGGACAGACAUCUGUAAAUCCAGAGGGGCUGCUUGUCCCAGUGCUGUUGGAAGCAAAGGAGGAAUACUUUGCAGUGUGCAGGAUUCAUGUUGGAGUUUUUCAUUGUGGCAGGAAAAUCUUGGAACAGGCUCCGAGGGGAGGCCAGGAAUCUUCUGGUGAGUGUUUUACCCCCAGGUGGUGAGAUGGGAUGGACGGGGCUCUGGAGAAUCCUGAUCCAGUGGGAGGUGUCAGAGGUAUCCCUGCCCAUAGCAGGCGGUGGAAUGGGAUGAAUUUAAGGUCCAUUCCCACCCAAACUAUUCCAGGAUUCUGUGAUCCAGAGAUGUUCAGGCUUUGUGACAUCUUUCAGCCUUUCCUCCUUCACACAUCCAGGGGUACAGCAGUGGGGAGUGUUUUGUCUCACCUGCUGCCCCUGAGCCUGCAGAUUUCUUCCCAAAAUCCCACUCAGCCCCAGGAUUCUCUGCUAUCCAGAGUAAACAUUCACUUCCCAAGAUCACCCACCUCACAGCUUCCAGAGUAUCCCAGACUGGUGACACUGCUGCUCCUGUAUCCUGCCUCUCCACAUCCAUCCUUCCAGCCUCAGGAUCACGAGUUGUCCGAUGGAAACACUGCUCCAUGCUGGAAUCCUGCAGGAGAGGUGGAAGGGAGCCUCCCCUGUGGAAUACACAAUCCAACACCACAGCAGAUCACAAGUGGCUCCGUGGUGGCUGCAGCCCAUCCCAGCCCACCUUGGGGUCCCACCUGCAUCCCAACCACCUUGCCCAGCCCAGGAAUUCCAUUACGUGCGUGGCAGCAAGGAAUCUCCUCCAUAUUCCAAGAAAAAGCAACAGCAGGCACACUGGAGACUCUGGGAAGCAAUCUGCAAUGGAUAAAGCAGGGCAGGGGAGGAGGGAGGCAGGAAGGAAGGAAACACACAUGGAGACAGCAGGCUGUGAGGACUCACAGGCCUUUGUAUCCAUGUCCUAUUCCCACACUAUUUUUCCCUGCUUGUUUUGAGGAAAACCUUGACCAGCCACACCAGUGCGUAGAAGAAGAAAUAACAGACUACUAAUAAAGGACUAAUGGGUUACUCCAAAAUAACAACCCAGUUCCAUGUCUAUUCUCUACGUUUGCUACACAAAAAAAUAAUAAAAUUAAUGGAAUCCAUGCUCUGGCAAAUCAGGAAGGCAAAGGGAAACCAGGAAUGCCUUCGGGAGAUGCUUCUUCUGCUGUGCAGGAAUCACAGGCUUCCCUUGGCUCAUCCAUGCAAGGCAAAACCUCAGAAUUUGGGAUAAACACUCUGCUGUACCAAUGGAAACACCACUUGGCCAGCAGACAAGAGGAAAAGGUCCAUGACCAUCACUCGGUGAAAGGAAAAACAAGUGGGAAAGGUCCAUGACCAUCACUUGGCCAAGGGAAAAACAAGAUGAAAAGGUCCACCAAGGAAGAGACUUAAAGCAGAGAAAGCUUCCAAAGGGUGGGAAGCAGAUGACUGAUUGAGAGGCCGGCACAUUUUUAUUGGAAAAGCAGCUGGCUAGGAAUGACUGCACUUCCUCUGGAGAAAAAGCAGCCCCAGAGGCUGGAGGACAGUUCUGCUCUCCCAUGCAAAACCUGGGGAAUUCAUGACAUGCAGGAUGUUCCAUGAUGGAAAAUGCCAACUCUCUCCAUGAGACCUAGGGAUCAGGUACAAGGUUAUGUUAAAACCCCACAAACCAUCCCAAAAAUCCCGGCUUUAGUCCCCUCCUCCCAGCUGCCACCGUAUGCACACCGAGUCAUCACCAGGAAUUAACUGUACCCUUUUUAAUUGUUUUGUUAAAAAUGUCGUCGAGACACCAUGAAUACAAGUACUGCAGUUACAGCCAUACAAAAAAAGCAAUACAAAUUAAGCAGCUGAAUACAAAAA